AUGCCUUACACACCACCCUCCCACAGGUCUCCGGCUUCGUCGGCACCCUCCUCACCCACCCAGAGCCGGAGACCUUCUAUCCAACAACCACAGAAUGGCGGCCUCACCUCCCCAACGUCAUCGACCAAGCCCGCACUCCCUCGAUCGGCCUCGUAUCUUAUGAAGCACCGACGAACCCCCUCGGCCCCGGCACCCACACAGCAUAACGAGUUGUCCCCGUCGGCGACCGUGGAGGAUCUCAAGACUAUGGCUCUCAACAGCAUCGUGCGCCAGUCGCCCCCGCCAUUAACGGGCGAAAGGCCGGGCAUGCCCGCCGGCGCCGUCAUCUCCCCGCCCGACUCGGCUAGUGAAGACGAGGGUCAGAUGGAAAUGAAGGACACACAGCGUGGCAGGACAAUCGAGAACCUCAAGGAGCUCAAGGACGCCAUCAGCCUGAUCCCCGUCCACCGCUCGUGCUCGCCCAACAACCGCACCGAUAUCCCCGAACCCGUCAUCGCCGAGAAGAAGGAAAAGACAAAGCCGGAUGCGGGAGACCUGCUAGUGCUGCCAUCGCAGGCCAAGGCCAUUGCCGACAUGCAGCAGAAGCAGGACCAAGCCAACGGAGUCAACCGCCGAUUCUCCGGACACACCCGAUCCGCCACCGAGUCUCACAUCGUGCUGAGCAAGUCUAUGGGAAGCUCGCUGACAGGAUCUGAAGAGGACACUGACGAAGAGCGGCAGAGAAAGCCCCCCAUGGUGCGCAAGAAGUCGGGUGAGCUGGUGCGGCCUGCUCUGCGACCUCCAUCUCGCCGACGACCUUCCAGUAUGCCUGGUACGCCCACCUUCAAGGCUGUCCACUUUGACUCGCAUCUCGAACACGUUCGCCAUUUCUUGCAGGUCGACCGCCCGUUGGCCGUUAGUGCUGGCUCAUCGCCGGUCGAUAACUACGAUAGCGAUACUGAGUACCCUUUCAACGAGAACGACCAGUCACAAGGGCGUCAGCCUCCCUUCGAGUGGGAGCUCGUCCUGUCCAACUUCCCCGCCGAUACCCCCGCUCGCAGGGCGCAGCCUAAGUGCUUGAUAGGGUCGGUGGCAGUGGUCAACCUGGCGUUCCAAAAGAGUGUUACUUGCAGGUUUACUUUGGACUACUGGAAGACCACCUCCGAGGUCUCGGCUGAGUACAUGAGCGAGAUCGUGCCCCCGGAUUCGCCCCUCGGACAGGACCGCUUCAACUUUACCAUCAAGCUCUCCGACAUGGCCAACCUCGAGUCCAAGACGCUGUACUUCUGCAUCAGGUACAACGUCAACGGCCAGGAGUACUGGGACAGCAACAACGGCAUGAACUUCCAGAUUGAUUUCCGCAAGAAGGCUCUCCCCGCAAACGGCAAGAAGGGUGCUAUCGGCGCUGCUUCUCGUCCUGUUAACGGCCUGCCCAAGAGCAACCGUCGCUCUAACCAGUCGUCGGAGGUGCCAAAGCCCAAGUUCGCUCCUAUCGGCUCGGAUGACUUUGGUGGCAGGAGUAAGAAGCUCAGCUUUGAGGACGAUGACUACAUUGGUGACUCGCUUCCCGCUGGUCUUCGCCUGCGUGGUGUCAAGAGCACCACCAGCAUUCCCAGCGAUAACCUGCCGAGCCGUCUGUCUGCCCCUAGCGGCCAGGCCUUUGCCAACCGCUACGACUUUGGUGCCUCGCUUGCCACGGCCAUCCAGACCGCCAAGGAUAACCUGCCCAAGAAGGAUGAUGGUCUCUACAUGAAGUCCUCCAGGAAGCCUGCUGCUGCGAAGUCAGCUGCUGCGAACUCUUCUAUCCAGCGCAGGUCUCAUCCUACCCUGACUACUCGUGUUGCUCCCGCUCCCGCUCCCGCUCCCGCUGCUGCCCCUAAGAAGGCUCCAGCGCCAACUCCUGCUCCUGCGACUACCACCCCUGCUCCCGCUACCACCUCAGCAAAGCCUUCUCUCAGCAUUCCUGGUGUGUCCACCACCGGCAGUAUUGCUUCGUCCUCGUAUGAGGAGCUCGUCAACAAGUACUGCUUCUUUGGAUCCACCAAGCAGUCCACCCCUCAGAUCAAUGAUGGUAGCUUGCGCAACGGUCGUUUCGAUAGUGCCAGUGACCUUCCCCAGCUUGCUAGCACCGGCAGCAGCAACAACUCGAGCUACGAGGGAAGCCCGGUCCACAACAACUUUUACGGUAUGGGGUCCACGGCUCAGCAUCACUCGCUGCACCCCAAGGAUCCCAACCCUUAUUUCUCUCAUGGAAGUUUCAUGAGCUUUGGUGGGGGUUCUCCAGCUGAGAGUCCCCUGAAGAUGGGCUUCCAGUCUCAGCAAAACUCUGAUAACCCCUCGAACAAUGGGUCACGCACUGGCCCUGGCACUAAAAGUCUCGGAUCUGGCUACGGAACCGGACCCAGCUACGGAUCGAACUCUACUGGUACGUCGUCGAACGAGUACCCAUAUCACCACAGCACUAUGCCUUAUGCCGAUCGUUUCCCGUUCUACACAAACAACUAUAACUAUGGUGGCACGGAAGCUCAUGCUGCGACAGCUAUUAGGGGGUAG